AUGAUAAUUUGUAAAAAGAUUUUUAAUGAGUCCACUAAAUUAUGGAAACCUAAAUAUUUCAAUAAUAACAUAAAAUGGUAUCAAAGUAUUAAUAAAGAAAAAAGUGUUAAUAGAAUAUAUACUCAAAAAAAGAUAACAAAAAGAGAGAAAUUAUUAGGAAAUAUAAAACCAUUUAUAAAUGAUAAAUAUGAUAAUCCUGAAUGUAAUGUGAUUGCUUAUUAUUUAAAUAAUUUUUUAAAUUUGAAUAUAUUAAAAAGUGCAUAUGAAAAUAUUGGUUGUAAGGUUUUAUAUAAAGAACCAUAUUUAUAUGUAGAAAGUUGUGAAUAUUUUAAACAACAGAAUAGUUCAGCUGUAUUUUUUAAAAAUGGAUGUGUUGUGAUAUGGAAUAUGAAUAAAAAGAAUAUGAAGAAUUUUUUAUAUUUUUGUAAAAGUUAUAUAAAUAUAAAUGAAGAUAUAGAUAAUUAUGAUUUUGAAGAAUUACAAGUACAAAAUGUGAAUAAUAAAAGUUAUGUAUCAAAUUCUAUUAUUUAUUUAACAAUGAAUAAUUAUAGAAUUACUGAUAAAAUUUCUUUUUCAUUUGGAUUAUUAAGUGCUGUGAGAUUAAAUAAUUUAGAAAAAAAAAUUGAAAAUAAAUUACUCUAUGAAAAUAAUAAUAUCGAAAUAUUAAAAAAAAAAAUUAAAUCAACUAAUUUGGAUUUAUUAUCAAAACAACUUUUUUCUUCUAAAAUUACUUUACAUAAUCUAAGAUAUGAAUUAAAUAUUGAACAAGAUAUACUUGAUGUACCAGAAACAUUAUGGGAGUUAGAAUAUCAGAAAAAAUUAUUUCUAAAUAUUCUUAAUAUCUUUGAUAUAAAACAAAGGGUUGAUUUAUUAAAUCAUAGAUUAUCUUGGACAUUUGAUUAUUUAAAUUCAUUUCUUGAUUAUGUUAAUCAAAAACAUUCUUCAAGGUUGGAAAGAAUUAUUAUCAUGAUUAUUGGUUUGGAGUUAAUUCUCGGUAUCAUGCAAAUGAUUAAAACAGUAGAUUUAGGACUUGACAAAAAAAAAGGAAAGUCAAAAUAUAUAAUAAUAUAA